GAGCAUGAGUUUUCUGCUUAUCAAAUAUUGCAAGAGAUGAAAAACACCACAUCCCAUGCCCCCAGCAUCAAAAGGGUUGGCAACACCUGAGUUGCAUGCACCCCUGAUCCCUGCCAGACCAAGAGGCAUGUGAUGCUGAAGCACGUGGAUUGUCUCACCCCUUCUCCCACUGGACAAGCUCUCAUCUCACAGCAAAAGAUGCCACAGUCCAUGCCCAGUAGCACCAUGCCAGCAGUAUUAGCAAACAGACCUCAGAGACUCAGCUGCCCUUUUAAUCACAGAAGUUCUUGUUUUCUCUCAGUGUCAGUGGCUGUUGCUCCAGCCCAGGCUUUUAAACAUGUUAUUCCUGGACUAACGAAAACUUGAAGUGCUGCUUACCCUGCAAGACCAAAUUUAUGGAUGAGGAGACAACUUCAGCCUGCCAGUAUGUUCUUGAGGAAGAAGUGCAGAUAUGGAUCACGUAAGCUGCAGUUUCUCUUGUUGUUUCUGAUGCUGGGUUUUUUGCUACUGAUGGUUACAACGCUGAAUCCACCACCCAGCAACCAGAGCAAGGAAGGGACUUUCCAGCCUGUGGAGUUCAACCCCCGGGAAGGGUAUCAGAUGGACUUUGUGGAGACCCAAGAGAUGCUGGAAACCCAGGAGGAGAGCCAGCAGUAUUACCCUUUGGAUGGUCUAUCGCCUUUCAUCUCCCUGCGGGAGGAUGAGCUGAUCAUGGCCGUCGUGUCGCCCACCGGCAAAAGGAACCACAGCAAGGCCAGGAAGGGCUAUCGCGUGGUGAAGCAGCAGAGCAGGCGGCCGGAGGGGAAGGCAGAGGGGGGCCCCGAGUCCCAGCCGCUGCCCAUUCCCCUGCAGGAUGGGCAGGGGGCUGCUGCGGGGGAGCGGCCGCUCGGCCUUGAAACCCACGGCUUUAACGAGGUGCUCAGCGAGCGGAUCGCGCUGCGCCGGGACCUGCCUGAGGUACGACACCCGUUGUGCCUACAGCAAAAAUAUGACUCCAGUCUGCCUACUGCUAGUAUCAUCAUCUGUUUCCAUGAUGAAGCCUGGUCUACUCUGCUGAGAACUGUGCACAGCAUUAUGGAUACUGCCCCAAAGGCUUUCCUCAAGGAUAUCAUCCUAGUGGAUGAUCUCAGCCAACAAGGGCCCCUGAAGUCAGCUCUGAGUGAAUACAUCUCCAAGCUGGAUGGUGUGAAGCUCAUCCGGAGCAACAAGAGGCUUGGAGUUAUCCGCGGUCGGAUGCUGGGAGCUGCACGGGCUACUGGAGAUGUGCUUAUCUUCAUGGAUUCACACUGCGAGUGUCAGAAGGGCUGGCUGGAGCCCCUCCUGGCCAGGCUCUCCAGCAACCGAAACAGUGUCAUCUCCCCUGUUAUAGAUGUCAUAGACUGGAAGACCUUUCAGUACUAUCACUCUGUGGGGCUGCAUCGAGGUGUUUUUGAUUGGAAAUUAGAUUUUCAUUGGGAACCAGUGCCAGAGCAUGAAGAGAAGGUACGACAGUCUCCCAUCAGCCCUAUCAGGAGUCCAGCAGUAGCUGGUGCAGUGGUGGCCAUGGAUCGACAUUACUUCCAAAAUACUGGAGCUUAUGAUUCUGACAUGACCAUGUGGGGAGCAGAAAACCUGGAACUAUCUAUUAGGACCUGGCUCUGUGGUGGCUCUGUAGAAAUUAUCCCAUGCUCCCGAGUUGGGCAUGUCUAUCGAAAUCACUUCCCCCGUGCUUUCUCCUAUGAAGAGGCCAUUGUGAGGAACAAAAUCCGAAUAGCAGAGACCUGGCUGGGCUCAUUUAAAGAGAACUUCUACAAGCAUGACACAGUGGCUUUCUUAAUCAGCAAGGCAGAGAAGCCAGACUGCAGUGAGCGCCUUCAGCUACAGAAGAGACUGGGCUGUAGAAAUUUCCAGUGGUUUCUAUCAAAUGUGUACCCUGAACUCUCCCAACCUGGAGACAAACCAAGAUUUUCUGGCAAGCUUUACAAUACUGGUGUUGGCUUCUGUGCAGAUUAUAGGCCUGGAAGAGCUACUGCAGAAGGCUCUAUUGAACUCUCCCCUUGCAGUGACAGUCUCACUCAGCGCUUUGAAUACAACAGCAUGAAGGAAAUCUGGCUUGGUUCUGCUCCGCUGCUUUGCUUUGAUGUCAGACACGGGAAGGUCAUCCCUCAAAACUGUACAAAGGAGACACACAACAGCACCCAGCACUGGGAUGUCCAGGAGAAUGGAAUGAUUGUCCAUGUCCUUUCUGGUAAAUGCAUAGAGGCAGCAAAGAGUGAAGAUGAGAAGGACUUGUUUCUGUAUGCAUGUAACCAGAACGCGAAUCAGGUGUGGCAAUUUGAACGCUCCCAUGGGCUACGUCAGAGGUGACUGACAGGUCUCUGCAGAGGUCAAGUCUCCAAAGUUUAACAUUACUUCUGCUUGGGAUUUAAGAUGCAUUUCCUGCAAGGACAAGAAAGAUGUUUGUGUUUGCUGUAGCAUGCAGGGAAGUCAGGAAUAUCUCUUGUUUAAAAACCCGGCUCCUGGUUAAUCCAGCUCUAGCUAAAAUUUCUAUUUAUUCUGUGAAGCAGGGAAUAGAGAGAUUGUGAGAAUCAACUCUCAACUCUGCUAUUGCAGAAGACAGUUAAGUUUGCUCUUUGAAGGAAACAUGGAUAAUUGGCUGCCAGACAGCUUGUCUUCAGUAUAUGCUGUGACUUUUGAGGAUACAGGGAAAAAAGUGAGAUUUUUGAAACUAAGAGGAAGCCAGCCAAACCAGGACAGGAGUUCAGCCUUUCUUUACAGUGCCCUCGACUCAUAUAAAACAAAGUAGGUUUUGUAUGUAUAAAAGUAAUAGAUGUUUCCACGUGUAAUUGCAAAAAUUUUGUUUUCCAAUUAGACUGAGCCAAAUUUAUACUCUCUGGGAGAUUACACAGAGCAUAAAUUAACAUUUAAUUAGGCACUAAAUGCUCUGAUUGACUUGGACUAUUAACAGUCCUCAGUGUUUGGCACACCCUUCCUUAAAUCCUUGUCCACAGUCUAACAUGGAUGGGAGAAUGAAACUGAAAUAUUAACAACUUUUUUUGUUGUUUUAAUUAUAUUUAAGGACAGCUCCUCAGGAAACUUUUGUGGUAGUAAGGAGGGUAACAACGUCUCUGCUUAUUUGGGAAUAGAAAGAAUCGGCGGCAUCCAUUUGCUCUUGUAAAGCCAUGGGAUGAGCUUACUAUUAUAUUAUUAAUACUAUUAUUAUUAUAGUAACAGAAGUGCUGGCUGAAAACAACAAGUGAAGGGAAACAGCCAGUUUCAAUAGUGGCUACCUAGGAAGGAAAUACUGGUUUGCUUCCAUUUGCUUGCAGCCUGAGUUAAGUCUUUCAAGAUGUCAGUUUUAGCCAAGAUUGUGUAUAUUCUUGCUGCCGUGGGUCUUCAAGAUGAUCCUGAGAAGACCAAAUUUUCUAAAGAAGCAUCUUCUGUAGAGCCUGCAUUGCUGCUGACCUGCUGUCUUUCAAAGGAGUGAAUGAGAGAUGAGGUUAAGUAACAAGAAUGGUCUCACACAGUAUGAACUUAGCAAAGCAAACUUCCACUUCAGUAUCUCAUUAAGGUACCUUCCUUUUUGAAGAUAAAGUCAAUAAUGAUGACAUUUUCCAAGAGCCUGCUAAGACAGAAGAACAAAGAUUUGGGAGUCCUCCCCGCAUCAACACAUCUGAUUUAUAGUCUAAAUCAAUCAUAAUCCUACGUACAUAUUAAAGGGGAAGGGCAUCAUUAAUGAAACUCACUUAGUUUUUGAAUUCUUUUCAAAGGACAGAAAUUUGUGUGGUUUUUUUUAAAUGUACAGCACAUUGUUUAAACUUUAGAGAAAGGAAGGAAUAACAGAUUAUUCUGCUAAGAGCCUUCCAGUCACCUGCUCUCAGUAAAUCAUAAUAAAUUGGUAUCAAGCAUAUAAAAUUGGUUACAAAGGAGGACACGAAGAGUAUUCUCUGUUGUGUUGUCCAAAACAUCUCACAGUGUCUAACUCUCUGUCUACUUUGAGUGCUACAGAUUCCACAGUGUUCAGGCAUCACUCCAAUCCUCUUGAUUACCACUUAGGCUUUCUUUGACAGCAUCAGAAUCUAUUACUAUUUCUGCUGUGUCAUUUAAAAUUUCUUGUGACAUUCUGGAAAAUGCUUUAAUUUUCAGCUAAGAUGAUGAUAGCAACCUCUUCCAGAACACCAAGUGAUCCCUGACCAUUGCCCAAAUCUAGGGUGAGAACGGACAAUUUUUAAAAUUGCAUAAAAGAGUAAAAUGCUGUUUUAAUGACGUGUGAUUACUUUAUUUUAAAUUAUGAGUAUGCCAGAUUUUUAAAUUAUGUACUAUUUAUUAUAUUUUGGACAGUACACUGGGAAUAUAAUUCCUUCAGAAUUUAGGUAAAUGUUUAAAAAAUGUGUAUACAAAUAUGGUAAUUGACCACAAGUGAUAUUUAUCACAAAGAAGAAUGAAAAUAUUUUUGGUUUAGAGAGGAAAUGUUUGGAAUUUCGGAGACAUAGACAUCUUCAUUUAUACUACUUUUUAACAUAGUAGUAAAAAUCUGUAACCUAAUGUUUGUUUUAGAAAUAAAAUGAAGAUCGAUGGUGCAGUACCAUUUAGAAAAUAAUUGUUAAUUCACUUGUUUCACUUAGUAACAGAGUAAAUGUGUGUUUGGUUUCCAAGGAAACUAAAUUCCAGAGUAUGGGCCAGAAGGGAAUAUGGAUUGUGGAGCACACUUCCCUCUAGUAUAAACAUAACUUAUUAAGCACAAAUUAAAAAAAAAAAAAAAAA